UUCGGGCUCAGGGAGGGGAGGAGGGUUCCUAAAAUGGCGUCCGCCUGAUUACCGCCGCUCCUGCUCCAGCUCCACGCCGACUUCCACACACUGGUUUUAUUUCCUGAAAAAAAAACACUCCCACCUUACAAGCACGUCUGUAAAUAUUUGAUUGCACCGCGAUCGGUUCGAUGGGCGUGGACGGCCGGCGACGGCGGCGGGGGGAGACGACGACGACGACGGCAGCAACAGCAGAGGCGGCGGCGGUGCAUCUGAGGUGGCGGUAGGGCAAGGGAGCCGCCGGCUUGUCUUCCCCUCCCCUCUCCUGGCCGGCCCUGUAAUCCCCCUCUUCCAGUUGCGUGGAUGUGCAAGAUGGCUCGGGGCCUGGGACAGCACUGAAGCAACAUGAACCGUGAAGAUAGAAAUGUACAACGAAUGAAAGAACGAGAGCGGAGAAAUCAAGGAAUUCAGCAGAAUGAAGAGACUUUCCCUGGAAAUUCCCCUCUCUUUGCUGAGCCGUAUAAAGUACAGGGGCGAACAGAAGAUAAACUUUCCAGCAAAAUCCAGAGCAUGUUGGGAAACUAUGAUGAAAUGAAAGACUAUAUAGGAGACAGACCUAUUCAAAAGUUCAUUGACAUACCCAAAGGGACAGUUUCAUCAACUACAGAUGAGAAAUCUGAUCAAGCUUUCUUUACAGAGCAUAGACACAGUGCAUCUCACCAAAGCAGUAAGUGGACUCCAGUGGGUCCAGCAACUUCUGCCCCUAGUACUUCAUCGCAGUCACAAAAGAGAUCAAGUUCGGGGUUGCCGAGCAGCCAUGGCAGUGGCCAAAGACAUGGCGGUAGCAGCAGCAAUACUGGGAGUGGCAGCAGCCAGCGACACGACCGUGAUUCACACAGUAGCAAUCGUAAGAGAAGUGGGCAACAUGGAUCUGAACACUCAAAGUCCCAUUCAGUCAGUCCGGCAAAACCACCUGCAGUUUCUUCAUCUUUAAGUUCUAGUCAUUCCAGGUCUCAAGGAAGUGACCACCAUAGUAAAGAGCGCCAUCGGUCAAAAUCUCCCCGGGACCUGGAUGCUACCUGGGACUCUCCGUCACGUGUUCAUACUUUUCCUGCUAGUGGGCAGCAUACUUCACAAUCUUUCACUCCUGCAUUGAUGUCCAAGCCCAGCUCAAUGAUACAGAAGCCCACUGCAUAUGUAAGGCCCAUGGAUGGACAGGAUCAAGCACCUAAUGAAUCAGUAGAACCGAAGAUUCCUUCUGAGCAUUAUGGUAGCCAGCCUCAUGGGAGCAGUCUGGCUGAAAUGAAGUCCGGCAACAAAGUGCUACUUUCAAAACUGAAAAUCCCAUCUCAAUCAGUGGAGUCUUCAGUCUCCGGUGACGCCAGUUGUGUGGAUGAGAUUUUAAAGGAGAUGACUCAUUCCUGGCCACCACCCCUGACAGCAAUUCACACACCAUGCAAGGCUGAGCCAUCAAAAUUUCCAUUUCCAACAAAGGAAUCUCAGCAUGUUAACUACAGUGUACAAGGGCAGAAGAGGUACAAUUCAGCACCAAAGUCAACCUCCAGCCAUCCUCAAACAAAAUGCUCAGAAAGUGACCAGACUCCUUCAGGAGUGUUGGAAGAGGACCUCAAACUUAGCAGCAGUGAAGACAGCGAUGCAGACCAGGACUCGGGGAAACAACCUGCAAGGGUUACUCCAGAAGGUAGUUCUGAACCUGCCCAGCAAAACAAUGAGUGUUUGGAGCCUCCGAGGGCUGACUCGAGCAGCCACAGUGGGUCUGAGAGUAGUUCUGGAUCUGAUUCAGAAAGUGAGAGUAGCUCGAGUGACAGUGAAGCUAAUGAGCCAGCACCUAGUUCUCCAGACCCCGAUCCUCCACCUUCUUCAAGUAAGUGGCAGCUAGACAACUGGCUCAACAAAGUGAGUUCGCACAAAGUUUCACCAGCUUCGUCUGUGGACAGUCACAUUCAAUCAUCACAGGGUCGCAGUUACAAGAAGGAGAGUCGAGAUCAGGGCGCCGCGUACGAGGACCCGGGUGGGUCCAAGGAUGCGACUGCAGUCACGCCUGGGCGAGAUUCGAGGAAUACACAGAAAGGGUCGGAGACCAGAGGUCGCCAGAAGUCGCCGGCUCAGAGUGAUGGCAGCACGCAGAGGAAAACGGUCGGUAAAAAACAGCCCAAGAAAGCAGAGAGACCAACGGUGACCGAGGAGCCAAGGGGCGGGCUGAAAGUUGAAAGUGAGCCGACUUCCAACCGGGCAACCCUUAACCCUGCCAACCAUCACAAAGCUGCUACGAAAGGUUCACGAAAGCCCAGCACUAAGCGAGAAUCCAAGUCGUCAGCAAGGGCAAUGACUGAAAGGAAACACAAGAUUGUCACCAAAACAGCCCAGAAAUCAAAAGAGCAUGUUCAAACAGACUUGUCGUCCUCUGACUCUGAGCAAAGUGAAACACUUCCACCUGUGUCCCAAACUCCAAAGUAUUCUGAGAAUAACAGGACUCCUGUCCAUAAACCCUGCAUUGACGGGGAAGAUACCAUUUUCCAGCAAAGGCUUUUCUCUCCUAUGGAAGAGAAAGAACUGCUUUCACCACUGAGUGAUGUCGACGACAAGUAUCGCAACAUUACUUCACUCAUUGUCAGAAUUGAUUUAAGUCUGUUAUCUAGGAAACCGGAAUCACCUCACAAGGAGACAAAGCAGCCCCAAAUGGACAAGGAGAUCUCUUCAGACAAACGCAUGCAUGACACUCCAAAGCAAUCCGCUGAGAAAAAGUCCAACAAAGUCAAACGGAAACACAAAAACGAUGCUGAAAAUGAGAGCAGUGACAGCAAGAAAUCUAAGACGGAAGAAAGGACAAAUUCUAACCACAAACCAUCCAUUAGCAGAGAGGGUUCUUCAAAACCAGUUGGCGAAAGAGAAAAGCUGCCUCCGCCAUCUCCAUCUGCAAGCGUUGGACAAAAAACACCCAAAACCGAGCAUAAACACCCAAGUCGUCGAAGAACUGCCAAUCCAACCUCCACCUCAAAGAGCAAGAAUGGUAACCCAAAGCAGACUAGUAGCAGCAGUAAUAGCAGCAAAAGUAACUCCUCGUCUUCCAAGCAUAAAAAAACAGAUGACAAAACAUCCUCGCGUCCAAAGGAAAACCGAUCACAGGAAAAAAUUCAAGUGAGCUCCUCGAGUGCUUUGCAGUCAUCUGCACCAUCAGGAGAUGGUUUGAAGUCAAGGCGGCCCAAGCUGAGCUUUGAUGAUCGGUUACAUUCAGCAGAUCAUUACCUUCAGGAAGCAAAGAAACUUAAGCACAAUGCAGAUGCACUGUCUGACAGGUUUGAAAAAGCAGUGUAUUAUCUUGAUGCUGUGGUAUCUUUCAUUGAGUGCGGCAAUGCUUUGGAACGCAAUUCUCAGAAAGCCAAAUCUCCUUUCCCAAUGUAUGCUGAGACUGUAGAACUUAUCAAAUACACUAUGAAGUUAAAGAAUCAUAUGGCACCUGAUGCAACAGCUGCAGACAAGAAGCUGGCUGUUUUGUGUCUACGAUGCCAGUCGCUUUUGUACAUGAGGUUGUUCAAAUUAAAGAAAGAUAGUGCACUAAAAUAUUCCAAAACAUUGACUGAACACCUUAAGAAUUCGUACAGCAGCACUCAAGCUCAAUCACCUGGUGUUGGAAGCAAAGCUGCUGGCACGCCAUCCCCAGUGUCUCCCAAGGUUUCUCCGGGGAAUACCGGGACCUAUUCCUCCGGAAGUAGCACUUCUUCCAGCAGUUCCUCUGCCUCCGUCACAAUUCCGCAGAGAAUCCACCAGAUGGCAGCCAGUUACGUUCAAGUUACGUCCAAUUUCCUCUUCGCCACCGAAGUGUGGGAUCAAGCUGACCAGCUGGGUAAAGAGAACAAAGACUUUUUUGUGGAGCUGGACAAAGCGAUGCACCCGCUGGUGUUCAACAGCAGCAGUAUGACUGACCUUGUGCGCUACAGUCGCCAGGGGUUACACUGGCUCCGCCUGGAUGCUAAUCUGUCACCGUGAGCUCGGGGGGGGGGGAAAAAAGUUGGACAGAAGACCGGAAAAAUCUGCCUUUUUCUUACUGUCACAGAAUUACGUCAUGUCACUCUUUCCACGUUUUUUCUAAUUGUAAAUAGGCUCCUGACCUUUUACAGAACAAAAAAAAUUAUGAUAUAUUACCAAUGAAACUAUUUUUGAACCUAGUAACAUAACUUUCUGAUUUAAAAAAAAAAAAGCAAAUAGCAUUUUUUUAACAUUUCUGUUACAUUUCCUCACAGAUACCUUAGAACUUUGGGAAUUUUGUUCCUAUUAUGCAGGAUCAUUUAAUUUUUGUUAGAGUCGAGAGUCUCGUAAUCAUGCAUACCAUGACUUGCGCCUUUUACAUUUCACUAAUCAAGCAAUCACUGCUUUGAAAGAAAAACCCAGGUUAACUUGCAUGGAUUCUACAAUGGGUGCAUUAUAUUUUAUAUCGAUUCUCUAUUCUGUUUGAUGUUACCAAAUAAGUUCAUAGCUAUUCUAAGGAGUUUCACCAACCUUUAAAUACUGUUCAGUUCCUUGGCUGAAUCAGGAAUUAUCACAGGGUAUAUUAAAAAAGAAAUAUUAAUUGUGAGACUGUUUGCAUGUUUAAAGCCAGAUCUUGUUUCUGGAUCAAAUAGUAUGACCUUAUUGGGACAUGUACUACUUUCGAUGAAGAGGAGAAUCAUGCUGCUGUAUCUAUGGUACACAGUUCUAUGAACAGCAUCAAUUUUCCAGCACAGUUAAUAUAGCGUAACGAUGAAUGGAUCUUUUGUCGACAAACAUUUUAAGAUAUUAGGUGGGAUUUUUUUUUUGAUUUUUUUUACUGCAUUCAUUUUUGAAUGUUGAGUGUUGGCUGACUGAAUUGUCCAAGAUGAUCAAGUGUAACAUUUGUAUAGAAGGCAUGCUGUCGUGUACAGAGGUUGUACAGCGUUCGCAAGGUUCACAGUCACCAGUCUGACAAAUGAAUAGCAGCUCCUGGCCUCACCAACGUAAACUUCUGCUCAUCACCCUCACUGGGAAGGCAUCUGAUUCCACCUUGUGUACAUAGCACGAGAGUGCACUAAAAACGUGCAUUGUCCCAAAAGAAAAUGAAUUGACACCUUUUCACAGCGAGAUUUGUAUUUGCUUUGCAUUUAACUGGAUUAGUUUCACAACCUGCCACGGAGUGGAAAACUACUUUUUAAAACUGUAAUUGAAUUCCUAUGUGUUAGGUUCAAGAGAUGGAAAAACCGCAAGCUACCAGUACGCCGAAUAUGCUUCAGAGCUGCACGAUUUCUGUUCAAAUAUAAUUGCAUUGCAUUUCUUUAAAACUGAAACCGUAUAUAGCAAUUUUACAUUUUCUGUAUGGUUUUUGUACUGAUCUCUUUUGGGAGAUUUGAAUCUGCCACUUCAAACACACUGAGUGUGCCUGAUACAUUUCUUGUCUUUUUCCCCCUGAUUUUAAGCAUACAUUUUCAGUUAGAUUACAAGGUGCUGCAUCAGACACUAAAUCCGUGUAAAUUGUGUAAUUUUAAAGAGUUGUGUUGUUUUUCCAGCUUGGCUCUGUGUUGUUGUAUGUUGCUACAAUUAGUGACCACAUCUGCCCCGGAAUCCAUGCCUCUUCUGUCUUUCAAAAUGACUACACUGCUUUGUGAACCAGAGGUGGGAUCUCUUUCUGUGAGAGUAAACACAAAAAAAACCAACAUUUGGGAAAAGGUGCAAGCAUUUUUAAGUAGACUUAAGGUGCAGCCAGGUGACCUAAGGAAAUAUAGUGUCCUGUAUUUCUUUGUCCUAAAUAGAGAAUCUAUUUUAAUGCAAUAAUUAUUUAAAAUCCAAUGUAGGCCUGCAAGUCUUUAUUUUAAAACUAUUCCUAUCCUGCCAAUUUAAAAAAAAACGAAACCUCACACUUGCCGUAAUCUUAACAUUACAUUGGCUAGAUUAGUCAGUAAAUGUUUAAGUAACUUAAACAGGCAAAAAUGGAUUUAUUUGGGGAGGGGGGUUAUUUUGGGGAUAUUUGUUUUUUGCUAAAUUGGGCCAUUUUAUUUAUGUAUUUAUUUUAUUUUGAGGACACAUUCUGUAAAUGUGUUCCGUCUGCUGCUUUGUAAUGUUCUGCAAUGGAUUCCCUGCUGCAAAUCCACAUGACGUACUUGAAGUGGCAUCAGUAUUGAGAGCGCAUGGAUGCGACAGAGUGUGGGGUGAGGGGGGGGACAGCAUGAACAAGGGCUUUAGUUUUUUCCCUUCUCCCAGGAAGACUUUAAUUGUUCUGUAAUACCCCCAUCUCCGUGGAAAGGUGGGCUUGAUUGUGAGGUCACGCCUAAUUAACAGUAUCCCUUUCAACACUAUUGACUUAAUCUUGCGUAUAGGGCUUGUCAGAAGUAUAUUUUUAAAAGAAAUGGCAACUUUUAAGAUUCGUAGAGGUUCCAAUCAAAUGGAGCGACGAGGAACGGCUCUGCAAUCUGCUUUUCCUCGCAUCUGUUACUGCCGAAAUGCCUUUGUGUUUUCUGGCACACAUCGGAGAAGUCAAACAAAUGAUAUUUUGUGUAUUUAACAAACAAAAAAAAUGAGUGCCACUUGUUAUAGCCUAAUACUUGCAAAGUGAAUCUGUUUUUUGUAAUGUGUUCUCCUUUUGUGCGUUCUGUGGAAACCGCUAAUAUAUUGCCCCACAGUGCGAAACAUCCUUUAAAACGGUGACGAGCAGCGUCUUCCGGAACAGUGGUAUAUGGAGAGAUCGUCAAACACACACACACACACACACACACGCUCAGCCAAACUCCCAAAUGGUCACAACCAUUUGCCGUUGUCUCGAACUGCGUAUUUGAUGUUAAUACUGAAGGUGUGUAAUAGGCUUGUGUCUGUUAUGAUGUCUGCCAUGGAAUAUCAAGUUUUUAAAUGUAUGUGUAUUUCUAAUUAUAAAUGUUUAUUUGAUAGAAAUAACUGACCUUAUAAUAUUUUAUAGUAUUUAUUACUGUAGAUAUCCGGGUCAUCUCGACCUUUUUUAGCACAUUGUUCCCAUUCUAAUGCUUCCCUAUCACUUGUUUUUGAUUUUUUUUUUUUGGACGAACAGAUUUCAAUUGUUCAUUCGUCACCUGAUUUGUUUUAAUUUCAGACUUGAGCUACAAAUGAAUUGCUGGCUAUACGUUGAGCAUUUGGGUUUAAAGUAUGAUAGCAAACUGUAGUAUCAGUAAAUAAAAAGGGAAAUGAGAUAACUAUGACCAUGCGAGUAUGCACCUGACUUUUCUAUCUUCCUGUAAAGACGUUGUGGAAAUCAGUCCCGAUCAGUGUUUUUAAUCUCACCAAAUCAUUGUUCUCAAUUUGCCUGUGGGCUUUUUUUUUUUUGCUUUAAAUUCGAAGAGUCACUGAAAGUGAACAUUUCACACCAAGUUAAAUUGAUUCAUGUUUGUACCUAGUCGCCACCCCCAACUUACCUCCAAUCAUCAUGUUAGCCCCACCCUCAUUAAACUUAUCUGUCAUGGACAGGUUGCUUGGGAGGGGGCGGGGAGGUGGGGGGGGGGGAAUAAUGUAGUCACACAAUUACUAACAUAUUGUUUUUCAGGCCCUGCUUUAUGUGAAUGAUAUAUGUUCAUGGAGUGUUAAUCCUAUCAAAUAAAUGUAUUAUGAAAUAAAGGUAGUGUCAUUUAGGGUAUAUAACUUGCAAAAACAUGCCUUUGAAUUAAUGGGAAAUUGUCUAUUUUUCAUUCUAAUGUUCUUUUUAAGCUCCAAAUUGCCGUGUUUACAUAUGAUUUAUAACACUUGAAAAUGUUGGAUACGGUAGUUAAAUCAGUAAGUGAGAGCUCUUUUGUAGCUGCGGACAAUGUUCUCUAACAUGGUGCCAUCUUUAGCAGUAUGCAGUACCUUGUCCCUUUAGAAAGUGCUGCAGAGAUUGCCUCGGUCGUGGGUGAGGCAUUUGCAUUGGGAAGUAUUUGUAAGAUAAUGUUUCAGGCAAGUAAAGCAUUGUAUAACCUGAACUUUUGGCUUCUGUAAAAAUUAUAUAUUUUCCAUCAUAAUGGAAAAAGGUUUUUAGUAAAUCUAGAUUGUUGCAGCUCAGCUCUGUAUUUUUCAACUUUAGUCACAAGUUGCAUAUUUUUAAGUAAAAUGGAAUUCGCAUAUUUACAAUGUAUAAAGAAAACCUCAGAUUCUUAUUAUUCUGUCAGGAAAAGUAGAUUUGCUUUGUAUAAUGCAGACUGUUAACUUUAGUGAAUUUCCGGUGAGAUUUUUCUUUAAUAAAUUUUUCAAAUGCUGA